GUACACCUGGUUCAUAGAGAGACAGGUACACCUGGUUCAUAGAGAGACAGGUACACCUGGUUUACAGAGAGACGGGUACACCUGGUUUACAGAGAGACGGGUACACCUGGUUUACAGACCUGUGACCGUUGUGACCUCUCCACCAGGGUCCUCUGGAGGUCCCGUCGGGUUGUUUACUGUCGGGUAUCCAGCUGAUGACAUCACAGUGUGUCGGGCGGCUGGAGCUGGCCGAUGACAUCAUCAUCCAGGGACACCGGAUAGAGGUGGGACGGCUGAAGCUGAGCGUCUACACGGUGACGGGAGCGCAGGACGACCUGGAGCUCUCCUCUGAUGACAGCAGCGCCUCCUUCCUGAACCAGAGAUGGAGUCUCUUCUUCAGCAGAACAGGAAUCCAGCCAGAGGAGUUGUGGGUGAGAGGAGAAGGACGCUCCCUCCUGGAGGCUCGUCUCUUCCCGGUCCUCUUCCCCCGAGGAGGUGCUGUUGGUCUGGAUGGAGGAGUCGGCUGGCUGCUAGGAGGAGUCGGCUGUCUGAGGAGGUGGAGGGAGGCGUGGAGGCUCUCUCUGAAGGAGGUGAUGUCGCUCACCUGCCAGGAGGCGGAGCUACAGUGGAGGGAGGAGUUACUGUUCCUGGCUGGGAGGAGGAGAGUGACGGACGCUCUGAGGAGUCGCACCGACGUCUGUCUGCUGCCUUGCUUCAGGGCCGCGGUGCUGGGAGGCCAGCAGGGGGCGCUGCUGGAGACACUGGACAGCAUUGCAGCAGGUAGCGGGAAGCAGGGGGCGGAGUCAGGGGCGGAGCUGGGCGUGGCCUCCCGCUGCCUCUCCUGCAUCGCUGACGUGUUGGUGUGCAUGGCGGGGGGGAGGGGGGGCCUGAGGAGCGGGCCGGCCGCUAACGAGGCCUGGAGCUCCGCCUACUUCCUGUUGGAGGAAGGUGACCUGAGGGGCGGGGUCAAGGCCCUGGCUACGCAGAGAGCUGAUUGGCUGAGCAGGCCGGACCUGCUGGUUCGGGCGGCGCGGCACUACGAGGGCGCCGGCCAGGUGCUCCUACGACAGGCUGUGAUGUCAUCGCAGAGGUUCAUCUCCAUUGGCCGGGGUGAGGUCCCGCCCCUUGAGGAGUGGCAGGAAGUGGAGUGUCCGGCCCGACUGGACCUGGCAGGCGGUUGGAGCGACACGCCGCCCGUCGCCUUCGAGCACGGCGGCUCUGUGACCAACGUGUCCGUGAAGGUUGACGGGAGGCAUCCCAUUGGUGCUCGGGCCCGUCGCAUCAGGAAGCCCCGCCUCCUGCUGGUCAGCCACACCGGGGGGCGGGGGGGCGUUUCCACGGAGACGGUGUGUGACGUCCUGGACGACCUGAGGGACCACUGUCAGCCUCACGCACCUGGAGCCCUGCUGAAGGCGGUGUGUGUGUGCAGUGGUCUGGUGUCUCUCUCUUCCCAGCAUGCUCUGGGGGAUCAGCUGAUGCAGCGAUGGGGGGGAGGGGUGGAGCUCCACAGCUGGUCGGUGCUGCCCACUGGAUCUGGACUAGGUACCAGCAGCAUCCUGGCGGGGGCGCUGUUGGCUGCGGUCUACAGGUGCACCGGUCAAACCUACGACACCGACUCCCUCAUCCACGCAGUCCUGUACCUGGAGCAGAUCCUCACCACAGGUGGAGGCUGGCAGGAUCAGGUGGGGGGUCUGGUGGGCGGAGUCAAGGUGGGUCGUUCCAGAGCAUCUCUGCCGCUGCAGGUAGAAGUGGAACGUCUCACUCCUCCAGACGACUUCCUGGUCUCUCUGGAGCUCCACCUCCUGCUGGUCUACACCGGGAAAACUAGGCUGGCUAGGAACCUGCUGCAGGAUGUGGUUCGUAGUUGGUACAGUCGUCUGCCCACGAUGGUCCAGAACGUCCAGCAGCUAGUGGCGAACUCAGAGGAAUGUGUCAGAGCCUGUUCAGAGGGUUCUCUGUCCAGCCUGGGGGGGUGUCUGGACCGCUCGUGGCAGCAGAAGAAGCUGAUGGCUCCGGGCUGUGAGCCGGCCUCAGUGAGGACCAUGAUGGAGGCCCUGAGGCCGCUGGUCCUGGGUCAGAGCCUGGCCGGGGCCGGGGGGGGGGGCUUCCUCUACCUGCUGACCCGGGAGCCCCGACAGCGGGAGGCGGUGCUGCAGGUCCUCAACAACACACCGGGUCUGGGAGACUUCAGUGUUCACUCAGUGGAGCUGGACAUGGACGGGAUUACCGUCCUACCUACAUCCUGAGGACACACUCACACACACAUACACAUACAUACACACACACACACGUACACACACACACACACAUAUAUACAC